CACACUUUUAUAAACAAUUUCUAUAUGUAAUCUCAUAUUUAUAUUCGUAUAAAAUAUAAACAAAAUGACUGAUAGUCUGUCUACAGAUGACUUGAGCUCGCGCAUGAAGGCUCUGCAAUCGGAGGAAUUCAUUCUCGUGGAAGAUCCUAACAGGAAUGGAUUGUAUCCCAUCAAAUACCCUGAUUUUUGGGAAUGGUAUAAAAAGGCACAAGCAUCAUUCUGGACUUCAGAAGAAAUAGAUUUAUCGUCUGAUCUCAAAGAUUGGGGUACUCUUACCGAGGGGGAACAUCAUUUUAUUAAAAAUGUACUAGCCUUCUUUGCCGCCAGCGAUGGAAUUGUGCUUGAAAAUUUGGCAUUAAGAUUUCUCAAAGAUGUCAAAUUACCAGAGGCUAAAUUUUUCUAUUGUUUCCAAAUUACAGUCGAAAACAUACACUCUGAAACUUACAGCCUGCUGAUUGAGCAAUACAUUAGAGAUGAAGCAGAAAAGGAUCGGCUUUUCAGAGCGAUAGAAACUAUUGAUGCUGUCCGUGAUAAGGCUAUAUGGGCGGCGAAAUGGAUGAACGAUGAAAAAUCAUUCGCCGAACGUAUUGUUGCAUAUGCAGCAGUUGAAGGCAUAUUUUUUUCUGGAAGUUUUUGUGCUAUAUUUUGGCUUAAAAAACGUGGUCUCAUGCCAGGGUUGACCUUUAGCAACGAACUUAUUGCAAGGGACGAAGGACUACACGCAGAUUUUGGAUGUUUCAUAUAUAGUAAACUGAAGCACAAACUACCUGCCGAAUGCGUACAACAGAUUAUUAAAGAAGCAGUAGCUGUGGAGCGAGUAUUUGUAUGUGACUCCCUUCCUACUGACCUCAUCGGAAUGAACUCAAUGCUUAUGGCACAGUAUAUCGAAUUUGUCGCAGACAGACUACUCCAGGCAUUAGGAGUACCACCAGUCUACAAAACCAAAAACCCAUUCGAAUGGAUGGAAUUGAUCUCGGUCCAGGGGAAAACCAACUUUUUCGAAAAACGUGUUGGAGAAUACCAGAAGUCCGGUAUCUUGGCCAACCAGGAUGAACAAAAAUUCGCAACAGAUGCUGAUUUUUAAUUGGAACAUUAUCGAAA